AUGGAAUCCCGGUCCAAAAAAAAAAAAAAACCAUUAACGAAUAAUAUUUUCCCGUUACGGUUUUCCCCAGUCCCCUGACACUUAUAAAUUCGCUUGCCUUUUCUCCUCACCCUUCACCCAUCAACGAACCUUCUUGCUGUGAAGAUUCCAUUGGAAGAAAGCUUGAGGAGGAAGAAAUGGCGGAAGUGAACUCAGCUGCGACGGCGAACGGCGUGGUCCACGACAUCGUCUCCCUCCUGUCUUCUCCCGACAGAGACUUCCUCGUCCUCAACAACGGCGACCAGGUGAAGAUUGAUGCCCUGAAAGGGAAGAAGGUCGGGCUGUACUUCUCGGCUUCGUGGUGCGGCCCGUGUCACCGGUUCACCCCUGUCUUGGCUGAAGUGUAUAAGGAACUCCGGGCAAAGGGAGACUUCGAGGUCGUCUUCGUCUCGGCGGACGAGGAUGAUGAGUCCUUCAAUGAGUACUUUUCGGAGAUGCCGUGGCUCGCUAUCCCGUUCUCUGAUUCCGGUAAGCGAGAUGGCUUGGACGCUUUAUUCGAGGUGAGGGGAAUCCCUCACCUCGUGAUCAUCGAUGAAAUUGGCAGAGUUACUUCCGAUAGUGGAGUCGAGUUUGUUCGAGAGUAUGGGGUUGAGGCGUACCCUUUUACUUCGGAGAGGAUGAAGGAGCUGAAAGAUAAGGAAGAAGAUGCACGGAAGAAUCAAACCUUGAAAUCGAUUCUCGUCCAUAGCUCGCGUGACUUUGUUCUUUCAUCCGAUGGAAAUAAGGUGCCUGUUUCAGAUCUUGAAGGGAAGAUGGUCGGGAUUUGUUUCUCAGUCUCUUCAUACAAAGCGUGCAUUAAUUUCAAUUCGAAGCUGCUCGAGGUUUACGAGAAACUGAAGGCCACGGGGGAGAGUUUUGAGGUUGUGCUGGUGCCUCUUGACAAUGACGAAGAAUCGUUUAGCGAAAGCUUUAAGUCAUUGCCGUGGCUUUCCCUGCCAGUUAAAGAUAAGACCUGUGAGAAGCUGGUUCGGUACUUUGAUCUUGACACUCUGCCCACACUGGUGAUCAUUGGGAGUGAUGGGAAGACACUCCAUCCUAAUGUUGCCGAGGCGAUUGUGGAGCACGGAACUUUGGCAUAUCCAUUCACUCCGGAGAAGUUUGCUGAGCUCGCGGAGAUAGAGAAGGCGAGAGAGGAAGCUCAGACACUGGAGUCGCUUCUGGUCACAGGCGACCUAGAUUAUGUUAUUGGCAAAGAAGGGGCUAAGGUUCCGGUGGCUGGUCUUGUUGGGAAGAACAUUCUCCUCUACUUCUCUGCGCACUGGUGUCCUCCCUGCCGUGCUUUUCUCCCAAAGCUUAUUGAAGCAUAUAGCGAGAUCAAGUCCAAGGAUGAUGCUUUUGAAGUGAUAUUCAUUUCCAGCGACCACGACCAGGCUUCCUUUGAUGCUUUCUUCUCAGGGAUGCCAUGGCUGGCCCUUCCAUUCGGUGACCCGAGGAAGUCUUCUCUGUCUCGCACAUUCAAGGUCCAAGGGAUACCUAUGGUGGUCGCUCUGGGACCCACAGGCCGAACUGUCACGAAGGAUGCCCGGGGCCUUAUAAUGAACUAUGGCGCUGACGCCUACCCCUUCACCGAAGAGCAUGUUAAGAAGCUUGUGGCCAAGUCUGAGGAGAUGGUGAAGGGCUGGCCCGAGAAGCUGAAGCAUGGGUCCCACGAACACGAGCUAGCGCUAAGCAGGAGGAUGAGCUACACGUGCGACGUCUGCGAGGAGGGUGGUCAGACUUGGUCGUACUUGUGCGAGGAGUGCGAUUUCGAUCUUCAUCCCAAGUGUGCUUUCAAGGAAGAGAAGGAGGGGACCAAGGAAGAGGAGGCAAACCCAAAGGAGGAAGAGAAACCCGAGGGGUUGGUGUGCGAUGGAGACGUGUGCUAUAGAGCUUGAGGCUCGGGUGGCUUGAGUUUGUACAUGUUUAUGUCCUUGUUGUAAGGUUUGUACCGACAUCGACAGUCGGAAGUGGAUUGCAAUUGCUGCAUCUGCAUGUAGAGUGAUGCUAAUGGUGUGAUGCGACUAGAAUUUCCCUAGAUGAAUAAAACUGUACUGGGUCGUUUAUGUGGUUAUCAACUAGUCGGUUCUGCGAAAUCAACCGAAAUGUCGUUAGGAUCUGUAAUACAUCCCAUGUUCAUGUUCUCGAAUGCGACCAUUUUCUUCGGAGUUGUUCCA